UACUCCAACUGCUCCUGUGCCACUGGUGGCUCCUGCACGUGUGCCAGUUCCUGCAAGUGCAAAGAGUGCAAAUCCACCUCUGGCAAGAAGAGCUGCUGUUCCUGUUGCCCCGUGGGCUGUGUCAGGUGUGCCCAGGGCUGCGUCUGCAAAGGGGAGUCAAAGAAGUGCAGCUGCUGUGCCUGA